AGCACCUGUUUGGAGGCUAUAGGGGCGCUUAAUGUAAUUUUAAUAAUGUGUCCCCUUGGAUCAUUUACCUUGUUUCAUUUAACUUUGAAUUUUAUUUUGCUCUACGUUUUCAGGCUGACUGUAGGCUAACACCAGCUCUGAAAACGUCCACAUCCAAAUUCCAAUCAGAUUACAUAGGCUAAUCGAGGCAAACGCAAGACAGACCUGUUGCGUUCCAACAUGGCAGGAAAGAGACGGAAUGGCCCGAGAGCCAACAACGGCAGCAGGGGGGGCGGUGGUGGUGGUGGCGGCGCGCAGAGGCAACCCCAGCAGCAACCCCAACAGCAACAGCAACGUCGUCGCCGGAAUAAACCACGACAGACAUUGUCACAGCCUGCAAUCUUUGCUAGGGCCAAAGGCAGUGAGAUGGCCAUCCCUUAUGAGAGAGUGACACUUGAGCAGGCUCGCAGAGGAACUCCAGCGGAUCGGCCGGUGAGAGUCUACGCAGAUGGCAUAUUUGACCUAUUCCACUCUGGUCAUGCCCGUGCUCUGAUGCAAGCCAAGGCCCUGUUUCCAAACACACAGCUAAUAGUAGGAGUAUGCAGCGAUGAACUCACACACAAGUGUAAGGGCUACACCGUGAUGACCGAGGGUGAACGUUAUGAGGCCUUGCGACACUGUCGCUAUGUCGAUGAGGUGGUCCGUGAUGCACCCUGGACCAUUAGCCCUGAGUUUCUAAAGAUGCACAGGAUUGACUUUGUGGCCCAUGAUGACAUCCCAUACACAUCAGCAGGAUCUGAUGAUGUCUACAAACACAUCAAAGAAGCAGGAAUGUUUGUGGCUACUCAACGGACAGAUGGAAUCUCCACUUCUGACCUUAUCACCCGGAUUGUGCGAGAUUAUGACGUGUAUGUGCGUCGCAAUUUGCAAAGAGGUUACACCGCCAGAGAACUCAAUGUGGGAUUUAUCAAUGACAAGAAGUACCGUCUGCAGAACCAGGUGGACAAAAUGAAGGAGACGGUGCACACCCUGGAGGAGAAGAGCAAGCACCUGGUGCACCGGGUGGAGGAGAAGAGCCAUGACCUCAUCCUGAAGUGGGAGGAGAAAUCCCGCGAGUUCAUCGGGAACUUCCUGGAGCUGUUUGGGCCUGACGGAGCCUGGCACAUGAUUCAGGAGCGGAGUGGACGAGUGCUCCAGGCCCUGUCGCCGUAUCAGUCCCCCCGCGGCUCUCCAAGCAGCAGCCCCACCAGGGGGCGCUCUCCUUCGCCCCCGACCCACUGGCCCCUCCUGCGCUUCAGGUCACCUCCACCCACCCCGAAAGCACGCCGCAGAAGCCCUGGAAGCCCUGGAAGCGAGGGGGAUGAGGAAGAGAAAUAAAUGUGCCAGUCUUAUAUGUACACACACACUGACACACGCACCGACACAUAUACACACAAACACACGCAGACACACACACAAACACAUCAAUGCAAGCAGGCAAGACGUACUCUAACUCAGCCACAUGCAGAUGCACACACGUGCACACAUACAUACAUACACACCACAUACAGUAUAACCGUGUGAUGUACAAGCACCAGCACAAAGAUAACAUGAAAUGCACUUUGCCUCUCUGACUCAAAUACAUUCACAUACAGAAAGAGUAGCUCCUUAGGUGCAUGCAUGUGUCUCCAAAACUAAAACUCAUAUGUAUUUAUUCCUAUACUGCAUGUACAAACUUAAUGACGGAUAUAUUUGAUUCUGGAUAUUGAAUUCCUUCAUAUUUUUAAACAAAAUAAAUUUAAACAUUUAAAAUGUGAUAUAAUUCAUAUUAUUAUAUUUAUUAUAUUUGCAAAACAAAGCACCAAAAUCAGAUAUGUCAUCAAUGAGAAAAUGCUUUUCAUUCUAGGACUUUAUGAUUGAUAAUAUGGUAAAUUGGUAUUAGCAUGUGCCACACCAUGCCAUUUUGUGUUUUUGAGAUUAUAACGUGUAUGUGCGCUGCAAUUUGCAAAGAGCAGCUGGAGAACUCAAUGUGAGAUUGAUCAAUGUAAUGCUCUGAUGUAAUGUAAUGUUCUUGUAAUGCUGCUAUUAUACUGAACCUCAGUGCUACAUGAUUUAGAUUUCCUUCUGCUUGAGAUUUUUUCCAUCCUUAUUGGGAUAAUCAACCUCACUUGAUCAAUUAAGUGACCAAGACUGUGAGGAGUGCUAUCAUUGAAGAACACUGACUUAACUGAUAUCUUAUAUUGAGGCCAUAUUUAGGAAUCUCUACAUGUCAACCCUGGUCUGUGGAGGAUAGCCUGUUAUGUAACUUUCUUACAAAGUCAAACCAGAAAACACACUACCAACCGCUGUAAGUGGACCAUUAAACAAUCUUAACAGAGCUGAAGGAGUUUAUCACCCAGUGUAAAAAAACAUCUUACCAUUUUAAACUUACUUUUACAUUUAUCUGAAGUGACCCAUUGUAUUUGCUCAAUUGUAAUGUGUACAUCAGUUUUACGACAAGUAAGUGUCUAAAAUGAAUAAAGCAUGCUCAUCUGUAAGCAUAACAUACAAUACAACCCAGCUCCUGGCAUUUAAGCAUAACUAACAUUACAAACAAAUGUGAAAACUUUGGCCAACAAAACGGAUAGCUGCUUGAUUAUCUCAGUGUUAUUGCACUGAGGCCUAUGCUUAGAAGUUACUUAUGUGAUUCACAUUCAUCUUACAUGAUUCUGUUGGAUAAAUAAAUUAAUGUGGCAAAAUAUGUUAGUUCAAUGUAAUAACAUUGUGUUUUAAAGAGAAACAUGUAUACUUUGUGUAGUUCAGUUAUUUGUAGGUUUCAGGAACCUUUCAGCUAUACGGGAAAAAUCAAUUAAAGUGGUCGUUCAGAAAGAA